UUAUUGACCUUGAGACCCAGAAAAAGACAGCUACCUCUCCUGGGCAGGGUGAUCGCUGUCGCUGAUGGGAUCGUUUCACUUCUGACGCGCAGCUCCAAGCUUUCGCAAUGAAGUCGGCUCUCAUCAUCCUCGUCGUUCUCGCAGCUGCAGCACUUGCCCAGCAGGAGGGGAGCGCUUUAGACCGCCGCACCCGUGAAGCGCUGACUCCCGUCACCACAGGACUGGUGACCAAGGCGCAGUGCUACCUGGCGGCCGUGUGGCGCCUCAUCACGUUUGUGGCUGACAUUCCCGGGAACUGCUUGGACCUGGCCUGGCGCUCACAAGGCAAUUUCCCCUUCAUUCUCCCCGCGUGCGUCGUCUUCUCCGGGGCCGCCACCUUUGAGACCGCCGUCCUCUUAUUCCGGUCCUGCACCUCGGCGUGAUCAUGGCACAUGGCUCCAUGAAGCUUUUCUGAUCCACACCGGUAGAAAAUAAAGGCCGCUAAAAAGUUGA